AUGUCGGGCGUUACGAAGAAGCACCGUGUGGCCAUUGUCGGCUCCGGAAAUUGGGGAACCACCAUCGCCAAAGUGGUCGCCGAAAACACUCGUGAGCAUCCCGAUGAGUUCGAGGAAGAGGUGCAAAUGUGGGUGUUCGAGGAAGAUGUUCAGCUUUCCAAGGACAGCAAACACUACAAGGCCAACUCGGCUCUCGCAUCAAAACCGCAAAAACUUACACACCUCAUCAACGAGCUCCACGAGAACGUCAAAUACCUCGCCGGCAUCUCUCUUCCCACCAAUUUGAUCGCAAACGCAGAUUUGCUGGACACGGUCAAGGGUGCGACAAUUCUCGUCUUCAACCUGCCUCAUCAGUUCAUUGGAAAGACGUGCGACGAUAUCGAAGGACAUGUAGUGCCCUUCGCACGAGGCAUCAGCUGCAUCAAGGGCGUUGAAGUCACAGACGAUGGCUGCCAUCUAUUCUCUGACCGCAUCGGCGAGAAGUUGGGAAUCUACUGCGGCGCGUUAAGCGGUGCCAACAUCGCAAACGAGGUUGCUUUGGAGAAGUUCAGCGAGACAACUAUUGCGUACGCUCCUCCAGCUAUGGACCACCACGAACCUGGCGAAUCUUCGGCCCCGUCCAGCAACAGCAAGUCAGGCCUAAAAGCGAUUCCAGCCGAGUACCCCGAACUCUGCCAUGCGAGCAUGAAGAAGCUCUUUCACCGACCGUACUUUCACGUACGUGUGACCGAUGACGUGGCGGGCGUGUCUCUUGGUGGUGCAUUGAAGAACAUUGUGGCGCUUGCCGCGGGUUUCGUCGACGGGCUAGGGUGGGGCGAUAACGCCAAGGCGGCCAUCAUGCGCGUGGGGAUUAUGGAGGAAGUAAAGUUCGGUAAAAUGUUCUUUGGCUCAAGCAGCAAACCAGAGACCUUCACCGAGGAGAGUUGUGGUGUAGCCGAUCUAAUCACAUCGUGUUCGGGCGGCCGCAACUUCCGUUGCGCGAAAAUGAGCGUCGCCGAGCGCGUUGACAUUCACGAGAUUGAGCGUCGUGAGUUGAACGGACAGAAGCUGCAAGGUACCAGCACAGCUGCGGAGGUCAAUUCUUUUCUGAAGGCGAAUGGUAAAGAGGGCGAAUUCCCACUCUUCACCGCCGUUCAUUAUAUUUUGGAAGGCAAAGCUCGACCCGAGGACUUGCCUGAGCUACUUGAGCCUACCGUUCAUGAAAAGAGUUAG